UUACUUGAGGUAAACCAUCACCGCUUCUUUCCACGGUCACAACUCUUGAAACCACACCUCAACUGUCUGCUUGCCAGCUUUCAACCAGUUAUCCACCAGCCACGUUCAGCUAUGUACAGAUGGUUUAGAUCAGAACCCCGUCCACCCCCUCCUGAGACUCCUAUUGAAGAAUGGAGGAAAAUCCCAUGGGGCCACAAAGAGAGAGACCUGGGAGAUGUGGAGGAAUAUCAGCCUCAUAAUAAAGACCUUGAACAGCUCAGAAUUCUGCUUCAUGGACCGGCUGGUUCUGGCAAGUCCAGUUUCAUCAAUUCUGUCGACAGUCUUUUACGAGGCAGAAUCACUGGUCAAGCAUUAGUUGAUGCAACCUCUGGCGACAGCUUCACCACUGAAUACAAAACUUACAAAAUCCAAAAAGGAGGACCAGGAACAUUUUACCCUUUUGCCUUCACUGACAUCAUGGGCCUUGAGAAGGGAACUAACAGAGGAGUUUGUGUGGAGGACAUCAAACUGGCCAUGAGGGGAAACAUAAAAGAUGGUUACAAAUUCAAUCCUGCCUCUACAAUAUCUGAAGAUGAUCACAGCUACAACAAGACCCCCACUCUAAAUGACAAAGUUCAUGUUCUGGUCUGUGUUGUCCCUGCCAGCACAGUACAUUUACUGAGUGAUGAAACUGUGAAAAAGAUGAGGGAAGUCAGACUUGCAGCCAGGGACAUGGGGAUUCCCCAACUGGCUAUUCUCACCAAAAUUGAUGAAGCUUGUCCAGAUGUCAAAAGAGAUAUAAAGAACGUGUAUAAGAGCAAAUCCCUGAAGAAAAAGGUGGAGGAAUUGAAUGUGUCGCUGGGUAUUCCACUGAACUGCAUCUUUCCUGUGAAGAACUACCACUCGAAUUUCACAGAUGAUGACAUUGAUACACUGAUACUGAGUGCACUGCGACAGAUGAUUGAUUUUGGAGAAGAUUUUGUCAACAACCUGUAGAUCUACAUACUCGCUUCAUCACAGCAUGAAAAAAGCAAAUUUGCAAAACUGAAUGUGUAGAAAUAAGGAAAUACAGUAGGCAGUAUCACUAUUUGUUUUUUAUUUGCAAGCAUAUAGUAUCUACUUUAAGUUAUCUUAUAACCUGUUCUGUAUUUUACCUUGCUGAAUAAAAUAUACAUAUAGGCUUAAAAACUGCAUGUGCACAAAGCAGACUUGUAUCAUUCUCAUCAUGCAGUUUACUUUUUUGCAUUGUUGCAUUGUUAGCUAUGCUUUGUUGAUUCAGGUGGUAAAUUCUGAUGUUGUAGUCUCCCAGUAAUCAUGAAUCUGGUGAUUAGCAGGUCCAAAUACAUCUAAAUGUCGAAGUUAAAACUGGGCUAAAUGUGGCUGAAAAGUUAAAAUUAUUUAGACUUCUGGUUAUGUAUUCUGCACCUGUUGUUUUAACAGCAUAUUAUGUUUCAGUGUUUGAACCUGCUACAUAUUGUACUACAGUACUGCUGUUCAGGUAGAACCACAAUAAAAAAACAAAAUAAUGAAA